CAUGAAAUUAUUGAAUUCUCUCAACAAUAAUUUCUAUGGCUUUUCACCAUAAACACUUGUUUAUUUCUUUAUAUUUUUUCCUUUCUUUUAUUCUUCUUCCUAUCAUAAACACACUUUCAACUGUUUCAAUUUCUCAUACUUCAAAUUCAAACCAAACUUUAAUUUGUGUUUUACAAUCUCAAAACCAACAAAAACAUUCAAACCUUAAUUGUACUAGUUUUUCUCCUAGUAUAAGUUUUGGUACUAAACUUGAACUGAAUUCUAAUGUUUCAUAUUCUCAAAUUGUUGGUGGAAAUGGUUUUUUAUGUGGUUUAACAUCAUCAUCAAAUUCUUCAAAUUCAAUCAUCGUAUGUUGGAGAUUUUCUAACUCUUCAAAUUCAAGUACUAUUGUUUCCUUUAAACGACUCUAUCAUGGACCCGUUAUCGAAGAUAUCGAUAGCGGGAAUUCCCAUGUCUGCGGACUCGUUAAAGGGAACAAUGGUUUUCGCCUCGAGUGUUGGCAAUGGAGAGGCUUCAAUUCAAGCUCCGGGAUGAACAUGAACAUGUCAAAUAUCGCGGUGGGAGAGAAUUUUGUAUGUGGGCUAUUAGAAAAUGGAAAAGGGAAUGUUGUUACUUGCAAAGGAAGUAACAAUAGAGUUGUUGGAAAUGAACCAAAGAAUGGUGGAAAUUAUUCUGUUAUUGAAGCUGGUUCAAACCAUGUUUGUGCUAUCUCAAAUGAUGGUGGUUUGGAUUGUUGGGGUGAUAUGGUUGGUGAGAAACCAAAGGGGAGAUUCAUUUCAUUGGCUUUGGGGGAAAAUAGAAGUUGUGCACUUGGGUAUGAUGGAAUUGUUACUUGUUGGGGUUUGAAUAAUUUCACCUUGCCAUUGACUCUAAAAAACACAUUUUUUGAGUCAAUUGUGGCUAAAAAGAGUGUUUUUUGUGGUGUUUUGUCUUCUAAUUAUUCUUUGUUUUGUUGGGGCAAUGAAGUUUUUGAGUCAAAAAAAGUCUUUGAUAAUGUGCUUCCUGGACCUUGUAAGAAUCAAUGUCCAUGUGGACCUUUAUCAGAUUCUGCUAAGCUUUGUGUCUCACCAGCCAUCAUUUGCAAACCUUGUUCACCAUCAUUUGAAAUUCCAACAUUACCACCUUCGAAUCCACCGUCUCAAAUGCCCGAAAAUCCAUCGAAAAGUGGUACAUGGAGCAACAAAAAUGUGGCAUUUCUAGUAGUUGGAUGUGUUGGUUGCACUUCCUUGUUACUAGUCCUGUCUUUCUUCCUUUACAAAUACUGCAAAGGCACCGCGUGCAAGUCUAGUAGAGUUCAUGACUCUGGAAGACUAGAUGAUCUCGAUCGUGAAAACGAAUCACAACCUCGAGCUAACCAUGCGGUUCUCGAGAAGAGGUUAAGCCAUGUAAUCAGCAUGGGAAAUGGAGGUACCCUUUUGGAGGAAAUUUCCCUUCAGACAUUACUUGAAGCCACCAACAAUUUCUCCGAAGAGAACAAAAUUGGCGUCGGUAGCUUUGGUUCGGUGUAUCGUGCAAAACUUGAAGAUGGAAAAGAAGUUGCUAUAAAGAGAGCUGAAAUUUCAUCAACUUCAACUUCUCAUGCAAAUUUUGGUGUCACCAAAAGACAAGAAGACACAGACAGUGCGUUUGUGAAUGAACUUGAAUCUUUAUCAAGACUCCACCACAAAAACUUGGUCAAAUUACUUGGUUUCUAUGAAGACAAAAAUGAGCGAAUCUUAGUCUACGAAUAUAUGAACAACGGAAGCUUAAACGACCAUCUUCAUAAGUUUCAAACUUCAACAAUUAUGUCAUGGAGCGGUCGUAUAAAAGUCGCUUUAGACGCGGCUAGGGGUAUUGAAUAUUUACACAAAUACGCUCAACCGCCAAUUAUUCACCGUGACAUUAAAACAUCAAACAUUUUACUAGAUUCAAAAUGGGUCGCUAAAGUGUCCGAUUUCGGGUUAUCAUUAAUGGGUCCAGAAGACGAAGAGUCACAUCUUUCGCUACUAGCGGCCGGAACCGUUGGUUACAUGGAUCCAGAAUACUAUAGGCUUCAAUAUUUAACAUCAAAAAGUGAUGUCUAUAGUUUUGGUGUUGUUUUGUUAGAACUUUUAAGUGGGUACAAAGCCAUACAUAAAAAUGAAAAUGGUGUACCAAGAAAUGUGGUUGAUUUUGUGGUACCCUAUAUUGUUCAAGAUGAGAUUCAUAGAAUUUUGGACACAAAAUUGCCACCACCAACACCAUUUGAGAUUGAGGCUGUGACAUUUGUGGGCUAUUUAGCUUGUGAUUGUGUUCGUUUAGAAGGUAGAGAUAGACCAAAUAUGAGUCAUGUUGUGAAUAGUUUAGAAAAAGCUCUUGAGGCAUGUUUGGCACAGCCAAUAUUUUGUGAGUCAACUAGGACCACUAGUACCAAUGUUUCUUAUGAGUGACUAGUUUUCCACAAUUUCUUUUUCCUUACGCUUAACGCGUUUGUGAAUAUUGAAAGUGUCAAUAUUUGUAUAUUAUUACACCUUUUUUCUUUCUUCAUUCAA